AUGGCCUUUUUCCGCAUCACCCUCCUCCGCUCCGCAAUUGGACUCCCCCGGCGUUCAACAGACGUCCUCAAGGCCCUCGGCUUGAAAAAGCGCAUGGGCACCGUCUUCCACGCCGUCUCGCCCUCCGUCGCCGGUCAGAUCAUGAAAGUCAAGGAGCUUGUUCAGGUCGAAGAAUGUCAAUACCGCCUCACAAAGCAAGAAGUGCAUCUUGAACGCAAGCCCGAUCCCGGAUAUUAUCUCGAGCAGAGCGCCACCGAGCAGCGCAGUGAGACCAGCUCAUAA